CGUUCAGACCGGAUGUGGUUGCGCCUGAGGUCACUUCCGGCGGGUGACGGUGCGGACGGGUCAGGAGCGUAGAGGCGGCGGCAAAAUGGCGGCGCCUGAGGAGCGGGAUCUAACCCAGGAGCAGACAGAGAAGCUACUGCAGUUUCAGGACCUGACUGGCAUAGAAUCUAUGGAUCAGUGCCGCCAUACCCUGGAACAGCAUAACUGGAACAUAGAGGCUGCUGUACAAGACAGACUGAAUGAGCAGGAAGGUGUACCAAGUGUUUUCAAUCCACCUCCUUCCCGACCCCUACAGGUUAAUACAGCUGAUCACAGGAUCUACAGCUAUGUUGUCUCAAGACCACAACCAAGGGGGCUGCUCGGAUGGGGUUAUUACUUGAUAAUGCUUCCAUUCCGGUUUACAUAUUACACAAUACUUGAUAUAUUUAGGUUUGCUCUUCGUUUUAUACGGCCUGACCCCCGCAGCCGGGUCACUGAUCCCAUUGGGGACAUUGUUUCAUUUAUGCACUCUUUUGAAGAGAAAUAUGGGAGGGCACACCCUGUCUUCUACCAGGGAACGUACAGCCAGGCACUUAAUGAUGCCAAGCGAGAGCUUCGCUUUCUUCUAGUUUAUCUUCAUGGAGAUGACCACCAGGACUCUGAUGAGUUUUGUCGCAAUACACUCUGUGCACCUGAAGUUAUUUCACUAAUAAAUACUAGGAUGCUCUUCUGGGCGUGUUCUACAAACAAACCUGAAGGAUACAGGGUCUCACAGGCUUUACGAGAAAAUACUUAUCCAUUCCUGGCCAUGAUUAUGCUGAAGGAUCGGAGGAUGACUGUGGUGGGACGGCUAGAAGGUCUCAUUCAACCUGAUGACCUCAUUAACCAGCUGACAUUUAUUAUGGAUGCAAACCAAACAUACCUGGUGUCAGAACGACUAGAAAGAGAAGAAAGGAACCAGACCCAGGUGCUAAGACAGCAGCAGGAUGAGGCAUACCUGGCCUCUCUCAGGGCUGACCAGGAGAAAGAAAGGAAGAAACGGGAGGAGCGGGAGCGGAAGCGACGGAAGGAGGAGGAGGUACAACAGCAGAAGCUGGCAGAGGAGAGACGGCGGCAGAACCUACAGGAGGAAAAAGAAAGGAAGUUGGAGUGCCUGCCUCCUGAGCCUUCCGCUGAUGACCCUGAAAGUGUCAAGAUCAUUUUCAAAUUACCCAAUGAUACCCGAGUAGAGAGACGAUUUCACUUUUCACAGUCUCUAACAGUAAUCCACGACUUCUUGUUCUCCUUGAAGGAAAGCCCUGAAAAGUUUCAGAUUGAAGCCAACUUUCCCAGGCGGGUACUGCCCUGUGUUCCCUCAGAGGAAUGGCCCAAUCCCCCUACGCUGCAGGAGGCGGGACUCAGCCACACAGAAGUUCUCUUUGUUCAGGACCUAACAGACGAAUGACACUUUUUCUUCCUCUCCUCUCCCAUCCCCCAAUCCCUAAAAGAAAUGGAAAAAACAAAAACAAAAAACAAAAAAAAGAGAGAGAUAUUCAUAUUAUUAUUAUAAUACAAUAUUUUUUUUAAAAGACUGCUGCAUCCUAAGGAAGGAUCAGAAACCACGCUGCCUGCAAAAGUGACAACCUGUGUGUGUGCAAGGCUAGCAAUGAAAGUACCCGCUCCACCUCUCCCUCCAGCCUCCUUACCACACACCUUCCAGCAGAUGGAGACUUCACCUCCAGCCCAUCCACUGUUCCAGCUGGGGUAGGGGACAUUCCCACUAAUUUUAUUCAUUCUUCGUUUAAUGGAAAAUAAAAGUGAAAAACCUCCAUCAACCAGCUACAGAUGCAUCUCCUGAGGACUUCCUUCUCCCACCUCUUGAAAAGAGGGGGACAAGAAAGCACAGAACAGAGAUGUUCUUUGAACUGCCCUAUGAAUAAUUUGAAUUGUUCCUGUUGCUUUGUAAUGACCAAAGGAAUGAGGCUGACAUAGGUGUAUUUUUUUUUCUUAUCUUUAUCUAUAAAGAGCCAAUUCUUAAACCCAUAAGUUUAUGCCAUGGGCUCCUUAGCCCACAAUAGUGUAAUAAAGGUGCCCAGGCUGGUUUGUGCUUAUUUCUGCCAUUGCCCCUCUCAUGUUCCCAGAGAGGUCAUGUUGGUCCAACUCUUGCUGUCUUGUCUUACCGCUGUGCACCCCACUCGGACUAUUGGAAGGAAAUCUGAGUUUGUAGCCUCUCAAAGGCUAUGUGCACAGAUCAUACUUAUGUAUGUGUGGAUACUCACCUUGACACACAACUGCAGUUUUCCUUGGAACUGUACCAGGUGGUGGUGAAGGGGUUUGAACCAAAGGAUAGCAGCUCUUCAUUCCUCUUCCAACAUGUGCGUGCUGCGCAGCUUUCCCCAGCUGCCAAGCUUGGUGCCUUUGCAAAGUGCUCGCAGGACCAGCAAUGGAGCCUGCAGGACUGUGUAAGAAUGCUCCCUGCCUUUCUCAGUCAGCAUGUUUUAAGAAUAGAAAGAACCAGAAGCCUUGAAAAGAAACAAGACAGGACUCCCAGCCUGCAUUAGGUGUUGCACGUUUCACUUUUUGACAUAGCAAACUGUCAAAAGCAUUUUCUUCCUUUCGCCCUGUUGCUGUGUUGAAGUCACAGGAUGUUCUUUUUUUUUUUUUUUUUUUUAACCUCUGGCUGUCUGGUCUGUUGUUGAGUUUAUGGUAAUGUGUACAUGGGUCAGGUCAUGUAUUAACAGGUGCCAGUAUGUGCUUACAAGUAUUCCAAAGAGUCCCAUAGCUAGCCUGGCUUAAGGCUGACAUUCUGCAGUCUUUGGAAAUCACUAUAGUUGCUAGCAUGCUGUGAAGGUAAGGGGAUUCAGGUCAAGAUAAAGCUUAACUUGCUAGAUUUGUCAUCUCCAGGAGUUUUUUCUUGUUCAGAACCUAAAGACCACUCCUUGGUAUAGAACAUGCUUACUGUUCUCUGUAUCCUCAAUUGUUGUCAGGUAAAUAUCAUGUGACAGAGGAAUGUGCCUCAUGAAUAUGACCUGAUCUCAGGAGUGUGAGAAUUUUCCAGUGGUUUACAACACUAUCCCUGGAUAAAGUUAGUUUGUACCUGCUGCAUAUGGUUCUUGGUUUUCUGCUGUCCCAUGGCCCACUAGGAGGGAAAUCACACCUCAUUAUUGUCAUAAAAUGUCAAAUGAACUCCAUGUAAACCAUAUUCUCCCCACAACCCUAAAUGACUACCAUGGAAGGAGGAAUUUUUCCCUUCAGCUUCCCCAUUAGUAAUUUAUAGCUGUUUCCUGGCAGCAUAUACGUACGGGAGGGCAUGAAAGAUCGUCCAACAAUGUCUUGCCCAAACUUCCUUGAGGAUAUUGUGAGGUUUUCCCCCCUUCAUAACUCAGUCUUGCUCUAUGAUGUGCACUUUAUACUUCUUGCCUUUUGAUACCUACUGUUCCGCAAAGGAAGUCAGAUGCAGGAAUAGCAAGACAAGGUCCUUUUCUUUGUCAGUACAACUCUUGGGACAGCCUUCCUAUCUACUGUAGGUUUCAAGGGGUGUCAGCUGAAGCACAUGCCCCUCUCUAGUCCCUUUCAAAAGUCUCUUUUACUUAGAUCCUUGCUUGUCUCAUUGCCACCCCUAGUGCUGCUGCCUGGGUGCCAUUUCCUUCCUCCUAGGUGUAAUAUGGGCUGUGCAUUUUAUCACUUAAUACCAGUACAAUCUGUGUUACUCCCAAGGACCUCUGGGAGCUCGACGGGACCUGCAAGGGAGAAAAAAAGCUGAGAAGCCAACAGUCAGCAAACAUUCGCUCUUGUUUCCAGAUCACCUCUGAGAUACUUCAGCUGUUGUUUCCAGAUGGCAAGUCAUCAACAAAAACACUUGUUUCAAGUUUUGUUCUACACUCCCAAAACUGAAGUUGUAGAGUCAGCUGAAUAACCAUGGGAAAUGACCAAGCAGAGAUACCCAGUUGGGGUCAGUUGAAUCUUUGCAGCCUCAGUGGGACCUUUCUGGUCUUUGCUUUCACUUCUGCAGAAUUUUCUGCAGCAAAUAUUUCAUUUCUCCUUGCUUGCCUCCACCAUGAGAUAUGGAGAAGAGAUGGCUGGAGGAAAAUACCUAUCUCUAAAAAACUAAGAACCUAGAAUCUUCAACUGAGCAGUUAUUAUGAAAAUUGCUAAUGGUGCCAAGGCCCAGAAAAAGAGUUUCAGGAAAUGACUGAAGGAGUGAUAACCCCAGGAUGCAAGAUCAGGGGAGUAUUAUCACCUGGUGCUUGUACAAGGAGCUCCAUGUUAAAAGUUGUUUUUUUAGGACUUACAAGAAAUGCAGCAACGGAAAACCCAUCCACAAAGGAUGCAGUGCUCCACGUUGUACUGCACCUAAAUAGUUACACAAUAAUUUCCUGAAGAAAUCUAGUGUACUUAAAAUUUUUUUCAUAAAGGUUUACAUUGUAUUGUAGGUUAACAUUAAAUGUUUUAUAACAAAAA